AUGCCGACACAGCUCGAGGGUGCAAUGGAUGCACUGAUAUCAGUUUUCUACAACUACUCUGGAAACGACGGAGACAAAUUCAAGCUCAACAAGGGCGAGUUGAAGGAACUGUUGCACAGUGAGCUCACUGACUUCCUCACAUCUCAGAAGGAUCCGAUGCUGGUGGAGAAAAUCAUGAACGACUUGGACUCUAACAAAGACAACGAGGUGGAUUUCAAUGAGUUUGUUGUGUUGGUGGCCGCUCUGACCGUUGCCUGCAAUGACUUCUUCCAAGAGAAGAAGAAGAAAACCAAUUAG